AUGGAGGGCGAUGUGCGUGUUCGUGCAGUGGUGAUGACGCGUGAUGACUCCAGUGGCGGUUGGGUGCCCCUUGGAGGUGGUGGCCUCAGUCAUGUGGUCAUAUGUAAAGGGCGGAGUCAUGACGGCAGGGGGCGGCGAGAAUACAUCAUACGCGGAGAGCGGCUGCGAGAUCGAGCACCAGUGUUGGAGUGUGCAGUGCAAAGGGGGUUAGUGUACAACAAGGUGAACCCCAUCUUCCAUCACUGGCGAGUAGAAGAUCGGAAGUUUGGCCUUACGUUCCAGAGUCCUGCCGAUGCCAUCUCCUUUGAGAAAGGGCUGCAGACGGUCCUAGAAAAGCUCGACAGAGGCUCUGACUCGUCCUCGUCCUCCACACCAGAAGAAGCCGACACCGAGGAUGAUGGACAAGCUGUGAGUAUCUGA